AUGACUACAAUUGAUGCUGACAGACGGGAAAUUGCACGGUUGCCAGUUCGUCCCAUCUCACUCGAGGACAGAUAUGAUCCACCAGCGAACUUUUUGGAAAUCGAAGUAUUGAAUCCCGAAACGCAUGGUUUUGGACAAAAGCGAUAUACAGAUUACGAAGUACGAAUGAAAACAAAUUUACCGGUAUUUCGUUUGAAAGAAUGUACUGUUCGUCGACGAUACAGUGAUUUUGAAUGGUUACGAAAAGAACUGGAACGUGACAGUAAGAUUGUUGUACCAUCAUUGCCUGGAAAAGCGUGGAAAAGGCAGCUUCCGUUUCGUCGAGAUGAGGGUCUAUUUGAAGAUGAUUUUAUUGAAGAUCGUCGAAAAGGUCUUGAACAAUUUGUUAAUAAAGUCGCCGGACAUCCACUAGCUCAAAAUGAACGAUCGUUACAUGUUUUUCUUCAAGAACCAUCUAUUGAUCAUGAAAAAUAUGUUCCAGGGAAAGAUUUGUGGUUUUCUUCCAGUUAUUUGCUGAUUGAUUUUGACAUGCAAUCAGCUAUAUAUGUGAAGCAUGCCAUGCAAACAACUCAUUACAAUGAUCGUGUGGGAAAUCCAAAACUAGAAGUGAAUGAAAGACGAUUAAGACCCAUUUAUGAUUUUAUGGAAAUAUCAAAUUAUCGAAAGGCUCUCGAUCAAAUCGAUCGUUUAUUGAAGCAACAGCUAGCAUUUAUCAUUGCUAAUGCAUUAAAACGUUUAGUAUUAUUAAAGCUCGAACAUAGAUCCGAAGCAAAACAAUUAGCUGAUGAAUUAUUUUAA